AUGAUUGCUAGGGAGAUUCUUCUGUCUCUCCUGCUCGCUAUAGGCGCCCAGGGCUGGCUUGUCCAUGGCAUGAGUACGCCCGCGCCUACCGACCUGGACAAUGAGCCACGCGUGCACACGAGGGACGAGAGGCUUGUGAUUACCCCGGAAUAUUUCGGGACGGCUGCUGCCGAGUCAAGGGAGGGCAAGGUCAGGCUUGCAAGAGUCAAGAGGCUCAUGCAGGACGUCAGGGCGAAGUGGCCCAGCAGUGGUCUAUAUUUCAACAAGAAACACAAGGAAAACGACUGCUUUUUUUCACACCAUCCGCAGCGCGCGCUUGACAGUACUAAAGCGAUAAAAGUUCGAAUUCUGGCCAAUCCCAUCAAAUCCUUGUCAGGCGGUCAGGUGUACACGACGGAAGAAACCACAACCAAGACCAAGACCACCUUUAAAGGAGCCACGUAUGGAGCCUCGGAGUCGAAGAGUAAGCAGUCAUCGUGGCAGGCAGGCGCCGAGUUCUCCCUUGGCCCGCUUGGGGAAUGGCUGAGCUUUGGUCUCGCUGGCAAAUGGUCGACGGAAACGACGCAUACCGAGGGCUCGUCUACAUCAGAUACCACUGAGAAUAGUGAUCAAGAAUCGGUUGCAGUCAAGAAGGGCAGAAAGGUCACCUGCCCCGCGGACCACACAUGCGACUUGCAAAGCUGGACAUACCAAGCAACAUUCUACGGCAAGUCGCCAGUCAUUCCCGCAGUUGACUUGGCAUGCAUAUGGGACCACACAACGGGAGACCGAGACGUGAUUGGCACUCUGCCCUGGCAGGUGCCUCGGAAUAGUCUUGCCGACAUUGGCAAAUACUGUGAACGUGAGCAGGAUGAGAGUAUACAGAAAAUGGAAGACGGAGAUCUUGGUAGAGUGUCCGACUAUGAGCUCACACUCCUCCGCCCGCUGGCUUGGCCUUUGUGGCACACCAAUUGUCGUAUGUAUCGCGGUGAGAAUGGCAAUCCCGAUUAUGCGCACUUCCUGGGGAAAAUUGCCAUGGAGCUCAUUGAUAGGAAACUAGGAUCCUGGGCGUCGAGUCAAGAGGGACCCAAAUUUUACAAGCUCAAUGAGACUGCUCUGCCCGAGGAAGGCCACGCAGUCCCCAUGUCAAAGUGGCUCUAUCAGAAUCGUGUGUUCCAAUACGACCCUCAGGCACAGGAUCCCGUUCAAUAUCUACAACACGAGGACUGGAGCUGGGACUUUCCCGUACGCAACCCCGACUCAUCACUCAUGCACUCGACUGUGCUUGUCAAGACGCCAUAUAGUACAGCCUCCAAGAGAAGCGAGGAAGAGGGGACGACGAUUGACAUUAUAGACGAAGAUAUGGAUCUGGAUAUUCUCCACUACGCUUUUGCGAAUAUAGCUUGA